AUGCCUACUACCACUGCAGAAACUCUCUCCCUCGUUACCAGGAACGUCUCCGUUGCCCCCCUGGUACUGCUUUCCGCAGUCGAUCAUUACAAUCGAACGGUUCAGAAUAAAACAAAACGACGAGUAGUUGGCGUACUCCUAGGGCAAAACGAUGGGAAAAAUGUGAGGGUGUCCAAUAGCUUUGCUGUGCCGUUUGAGGAAGAUGAUAAAGACCCGUCCGUAUGGUUUCUGGAUCACAAUUACGUGGAAUCAAUGAACGACAUGUUCAAAAAAGUGAACGCAAGAGAGAAGCUGAUUGGCUGGUACCACUCUGGCCCGAAACUACGAGCUUCAGAUCUCGAGAUCAACGAACUCUUCAAGCGAUACACCCCUAACCCACUUCUUGUCAUCAUCGAUGUCCAGCCCAAGGAGUCCGGCGUCCCGACUGAUGCCUACUUCGCUGUCGAAGAAAUUAAAGAUGACGGUACUACGACUUCCAGAACCUUCGUUCACACGCCUUCCAUAAUCGAGGCCGAGGAGGCCGAGGAGAUCGGCGUUGAGCAUUUGCUACGAGACAUCCGAGAUGUUGCCGUUGGUACGCUAUCCACACGUGUUACAAACCAGCUUCAGUCCCUUCAGGGCCUUCACUUGCGCUUGAGAGACAUUGGCGCGUAUCUUCAGAAGGUUCUAGAUGGCCAAUUGCCAGUAAAUCAUGCAAUUUUAGGCAAUCUACAGGACGUCUUCAACUUACUACCGAACCUGUCCUCUCCUGAAGUUGACGGCAAGUCCGGCGGGGGAGAGUUGGCCUAUGCGAUGAGCAUCAAAACGAACGACCAACUCAUGGCCAUUUAUCUUAGCAGUUUGAUACGUGCCAUUACGGCGUUCCACGACCUCAUAGAAAACAAGAUUCAAAAUAGGCAGCAGCAGGAGGAUAAGGAGUCUAAAAUAGAGGAAAAUGGAGCUAAAGAUGAGAAAAAGGAGAAUGGCGUCAGUGGGCAGAGUGGGCAGAGUGGGGAGUCUAAAGAAACUGGGGACAAACAGAAAGAAGGCAAGGAGAAGAAGAAAUAG